AUGACUGAAAUUCUCCUACUGGCAGCCGUCUCUGUGCAGUCAGCUCCAUCUGGAUAUCAAGGCCAUUUCGAACUAGGAUUUGGUCAACCCGGGAUUCAUGGAAAGUAUCCGUAUGGGGAACAGUAUUAUGGUUUAUUCUCGGCAUAUGGACCUCAAAUUACGGGACGCAUCAUGCUGCCACUGAACUUGACCAAUGAUGAUGAACCGAUAUUUGUAAACGCUAAGCAAUAUCAUGGAAUAAUCAGGCGCCGUCAGUCCCGUGCAAAGGCAGCAUCAAAGAAUGAAGUGCUCAAAGCUCGUAAACCAUUUAUGCACCUGUCACGUCAUCUUCACGCUAUGCGCCGACCAAGGGGCUGUGGCGGACGCUUCCUGAACACAAAGAAGAUGAAUGGUGGUAAGGGUGGAGCUGAAACAAAGAAGAUUGGUGAAGGACAAAUUUCUCAGCCCACUGAAUCUCAAUAUUCAGAAGUUCUGCAAUCUGACAGUGGAAAUUCAAACUCACCAAAGGAAGCAAAUGUCAGAGGACCCUAUCUUUCCGGAUCAGAGGUGACUAGUAUGUACUCCAGGGGAGAUUUCAAUCCCUUUUCAAUCAGUCAUCUUAGGCCAUCUGUCCACUCUCUCUCUCGUAUGAUGGAUGCUGGGCAUGGUAUUGUCAUGCCCAGUAAGUGGGUUGCGGCAGCAGAUAGCUGCUGCAAUCUAAAAAUUUGA